AUGUUUAUAAAAUAUUUUUUUUUAUUUUUUGUUCCUUUAUUUUUUUUAACUUAUGGUAAUUAUAUUACUAAUCAUGAAAAUGAAAAUUUAAUGCCAAGAAACAAUCUACUUAAACGUAGUAAAAUUUUAUCAAGAUAUGGUAGAGCUGUCCUAUCUAGAUAUGGUAAAAGAUCAGGUGUUGACAAGUUAAACUACAACAUUGAAAGACAAGAUUUUUAUCCUUUAUAUGGUAAAUACUUUUACUUAUUUAUUUAUUUAUUUUUAGAUAGAUAUAAAGAAAUGAUUUUGGACCAAGAUAUGUAA